AUAAAUAUGCAACCGAAAUGCCUCUCUCAUCCACAAACUAAGAAAAGAUGGAAGCUUUCAAUGCUUCCUUUUUCUCUUCACUUCACUUCUCACCAACACCAAACAGACUCCAGAAAACCCAGUUCUUGUAUUUUCAGUUGUAUUCAAAACCCAUUUCUUUUCUCCAAUCAAUUCAAAGAAACACAUCAAGAUCCAAACUUUUCACCACUUCAUCAUCAUCAUCUACAGUUUCAAAGGAUGCCAUAUAUCCAACAGAUCCUGUAAUUGAGAAUGAAAGCCAAGAAGAGAAAUUUGAUUGGUUUUGUCAGUGGCAUCCAAUUAUGCCAGUAUGUGAUCUAGACAAGAGAGUCCCGCAUGGAAAGAGAGUAAUGGGUCUUGAUGUUGCGGUUUGGUGGGACAGGAAUGAGAAUGCGUGGAAGGUCUUUGAUGAUAGUUGUCCUCAUAGAUUGGCUCCAUUGUCUGAAGGAAGGAUUGAUCAAUGGGGAAGAUUGCAGUGUGUGUAUCAUGGUUGGUGUUUCAAUGGCUCUGGUGAUUGCAAAUUUAUUCCUCAAGCACCUCCAGAUGGCCCUCCGGUUCACACGUUCAAAAAGGCAUGUGUAGCUGCUUAUCCAAGUACAGUGCAGCAUGGAAUAGUGUGGUUUUGGCCAAACAGCAAUCCUGAAUACAAAGAUAUCCUUUCAAAGAAAACACCUCCAUAUAUUUCAGAACUGGAUGAUCCAUCAUACAUCAAACCAAUGGCAAAUAGAGAGUUUCCUUAUGGGUAUGAAGUCUUGAUUGAAAAUCUGAUGGACCCAGCUCAUGUUCCAUAUGCACAUUUUAAACUGCUUCCAGGCCCACCAUCCAAGAACAGAGUUAAGCUCGACAGAGAAGGAGGAGCACCAAUGGACAUAAACAUAGAAAAGUUAGACAUAAAUGGAUACCACUCUACUCGAUAUGGAGGGGCUAGCAAAUUUAUGGCACCUUGUGUAUAUUAUUCUGCCUUUACUCUCCCAGCUUCAGUGAAUUCAGGCAAAACCAAAGAUCAAGGAAAUGGAUCAGUCUCAUCAACUGUAAACAGUAAGGAAUCAUCAUCAAAUGCACCACAAAGACGGGGGCUUCUUGUUUUUAUCUGUGUUCCAGUUAGUCCAGGUAAAAGCAGAUUGAUAUUUACAUUCCCAAGAAAUUUUGGAGUUUGGAUUGACAGAAUUAUUCCAAGAUGGGUGUUUCAUUUGGGACAAAAUCUGGUUUUGGAUUCAGAUUUGUAUCUUCUUCAUUUAGAGGAGCGUAAAAUAAUGGAAGUUGGCACAUCCAAUUGGCAAAAGGCUUGUUAUGUACCAACAAAAUCAGAUGCUCAAGUGAUUGCUUUCAGAAAGUGGUUAAGAAAGUACUCGGAUGGUCAAAUUAACUGGGGAGGGAGGUUCAGUGGAGCACUUCCCCCAACUGCUCCAAAAGAGCAAUUGAUGGACAGGUACUGGUCACAUGUUGUGAAUUGCAGCAGUUGCAAUGCUGCAUAUAAGGGUCUAAAUGCACUUGAGGUUAUUCUGCAAGUAGUGUCCAUUAUCUCGAUUGGCAUUGCUGCUGCAACCAAGCAGAGUUUGAAGUCUGCCGUUGCAAGAAAUGCACUGGUCUUGAUGGCAGUUUUAUGUUUUGUAGCUUCAAGAUGGUUGGCUCACUUCAUUUACAAGAAUUUUCAUUUCCAUGAUUACAACCAUGCCCUUGUUUAAACUUAUUGUAUUAUACUGUACAAAAACCCAAUGGGUAUAGUGUAUAGUGUUGUGCAUGGGAUUCGUAUUGAACCGGACAAACCGUACCAAACCUAAAUUGAAAGAAAAAACUGGUAUUCUAGGAACCAAAUCAUAUCAAAGUACAAGUUAUUGUUUCGGUUCCGAUUCUGGUUAUUACAAAGAAGUAGACUAAAAUGGUACCGAAUUGAAAAUCUGAUUUAUA